AUUGUCUUUCUACGUUACGCCACGAAAAUCUUCAUGUCGGUGUUGAUGGGAUUCAGUUCAUCUUCAGAGUGGUGUGUUACGGUGUUCGAGUCGGUGAAUGUUUGGAAGGGAUAGGGUUUCAUUGGCGUGCGCUUUGGACAAGGGAAUGAUCGACGUGUGUUGUGGUGCGUGUGUUGAAUGUAUGGCAGAAAAAGGUUGAGCGUUCUUACGUACAAAAGAGAGUCCCGGGAAAGUCCAACACCGACGAGUCUGUGGUUUGUGUGCCAGACGGUUUUGGUGAGUUGGAUGGUCGGUUGGUUGUGUAUGUGCAAGCAGUUUGUUGAAAACAGCGCAGGUUCGACGCAGGCAGUCAGGUAGGAGAGGGUAGAAGAGAAGAGGAGAGGGUGCGUGGGGACCUACUCCAACGCCGCGCCUGCUGCUGCUACUGCUCGGCGGGAGGUAUGGAAGCUAGGGGCGAUGAGGAGAGGAUGCAAGAAGUGGCGCCCGAUUUGAAUGGGACCCUGGAGGAUAAUGAUGUUGACGACGAGGAGCAGCAGCAGCAGCAGGACGUGGUCGAGGACGAUGAGCCCCAGCACGGUGACGAAGAGGAACAUAUCAACGGCUUCCAGAACGGAGGGUCUGCUAAUGAUGCCUUGGUAGAGAGUGAUUCCAAGGAUUCUCCCCACGGCUCGCAAGGAAAAGCGUCCGGUACAGGAGGGAAGAUUUUCAUCGGCGGCCUGUCAUGGGACACUUCCACAGACAAUUUGCAGAGCCACUUCAAGAAGUAUGGCGAGAUCAUCGAUGCGGUGAUCAUGAAGGAUCGAUCCACCGGACAUCCGCGCGGGUUUGGCUUCGUGACAUUCGCCGAUCCAGCUGUGUGCGAUAACGUCGUGCUGGACAAGCAUGUGAUAGACGGUAGAACGGUGGAGGCCAAAAAGUCAGUUCCUCGUGAAAACAUGGCAGCAAGUAAAGGACCGAAGACUAAGAAGAUCUUUGUCGGAGGCAUUCCUCCUUCUAUUACAGAUGAGGAGUUCAAGAGCUACUUCGGCGGCUUCGGGAGCGUAGUGGAGCACCAGAUCAUGCAAGACCACAGCACCGGACGGUCGCGUGGAUUCGGGUUUGUGACGUUUGACAAUGAGCAGGUGGUGGAGGACAUCCUGGCUCACGGAAAGAUGCACGAGCUUGGAGGAAAGCAGGUGGAGAUCAAGAAAGCGGAACCAAAACGGGCGAUUCAAGACAGUCCUGGCGGGGGGUACAUGGGCGGCAGGGGUGGCGGGUAUGGCGCAGGUGCAGGGGGGGGGUAUGGGGGAUACGAGGGAGGUUAUGGUGCAUCGGGGAGCGGUGGAUAUGGCGGGUCAUACAGGACAGGGUAUGGGGGAAGAAGCGGUACGUACGGUGGCGGGUAUGGAGGAUACGGCGGAGGAUACGCGUACGGAGGAGGGUACGGAGGAGGUUUGGGUGUGGGAGGCUACGGGUCGGGUGUGAGUGGUGGAUACGGGAGCAGUUUGGGGUAUGGAUCAAGUGGUGGGUACGGUGCAGGGAUGAUGGGUGGGUAUGGCGAUGGGUCCGAUGGAUAUGGGUCGAUGGGAUACGGCGGAUACAGCGGCACGGGGGGAUACGGGGCCGGGUACAGCUCAAGCGGUGGCUAUGGAGGAAGUUAUGGUAGCAGUCGUGGUUACAGCGGCAGCGGUGGCAGCAGUCAUGGACGGUACCACCCGUAUGGGAGGAGCUAGGGUUGUGUAGAUGGCGUGGUAGAGGGGCAGUGUUGUAAAGCAGUGGAGAACACAGGAAGGCUGUUAAAUUAUUAGUCACCGAGGCAGGUUGUGUCGAAUGACGAGGUCUAGCGAAGGGGUUCUUUACUCUAGAUGGGAUUUCUUUUUCUUUUAAAAUUUUGGGAACAUAACGCGGCACGCUCGCGCUGUCAGAAGAGUGCUUAUGAACCUACUUUAGGUUUGAUUUUGUACUUCUGAGUUAUGAAGAGAACAAUCCCAAUUACACUUUGUUUGUUUUACGGUU